AUGAUGUGGGGAAACUGGACAAUUGUCAGUGAGUUUGUUCUUUUGAGCUUCUCAACCCUACCCUCUGAGCUACAAGCCCUUCUAUUUUUCCUUUUUUUGACCAUUUACAUGGUUACCCUAAUGGGAAAUGUCCUUAUCAUCCUGGUCACUACAGUUGAUUCUGCCCUACAGAGUCCCAUGUACUUCUUCCUCAGGAAUUUGUCCUUCCUGGAAAUAGGUUUCAACUUGGUCAUUGUACCCAAGAUGCUGGGAACCCUAAUCAUUCAAGACACUACCAUCUCCUUCCUUGGCUGUGCCACUCAGAUGUAUUUCUUUUUCUUUUUCGGAGCUGCCGAAUGCUGCCUCCUGGCCACAAUGGCAUAUGAUCGCUUUGUGGCCAUCUGUGACCCUUUGCGCUACCCAGUCAUCAUGGACCGCAAAGCAUGUACCCAACUGGCAGCUGCUUCUUGGUUCUCGGGAUUUCCUGUGGCCACAGUACAAACCACAUGGAUCUUCAGUUUCCCGUUCUGUGGCCCCAACAGGGUAAAUCACUUCUUCUGUGACAGCCCCCCUGUCAUUGCACUGGUGUGUGCUGAUACCUCUCUGUUUGAACUAGAGGCGCUGACAGCCACUGUCCUAUUCAUCCUCUUCCCUUUCUUGUUGAUCCUAGGGUCCUAUGUCCGCAUCCUCUCCACUAUUUUCAGGAUGCCCUCAACUGAAGGGAAGCGCAAGGCCUUCUCCACCUGCUCCUCCCACCUCCUGGUUGUCUCCCUCUUCUAUAGCACUGCCAUCCUCACAUACUUCCGACCCCGAUCCAGUACCUCUCCUGAGGGCAAGAAGCUGCUGUCACUCUCCUACACAGUGGUGACACCCAUGUUGAACCCCAUCAUCUACAGCUUAAGAAAUAGUGAAGUGAAGGCUGCAUUGAAGCGGGUCAUCCGCAGGACCCUGGGCCCUAGGAAACUAUAA